AUGUUGAAGUUGAAAGAUCAGUCACAAAAUAUGUUUGGAGUAAAAAGUGCAGACAGCGGAGAAAUAUUGAACAUUGAGAAAACUCCACCAACUUCGUUAUCUUCCAAAACAUACAGCAGGAAUGUUUGGCUGGCACAGAGUAAAUGCGCGCAUUACGAAAUGAUAAGGACAAAACUGAAACUAAUCCAGGCUGCGGUCUCUGAUGGUAACGUUGUUGAAAGUGGCUUUGAAGAUGUCAUCUCGAGUGCUGAUAGCAUCACUGAGGAUAAGGCUCAGCUAAAAAGUGAAAUCAAGAGGUUGAACGGCCGGUUGAACUUUGCACGCGAGAAAAUUGGCGAACUGCAUGCCUACCUUACAGCACAGAACAUCAGCAGCUCGACUACGGCGCGGUGUUUGUGCGGUUGCAUAGGAAACAUGAGAAGCAGUUGGACGGCAGGCCAGACAACGACAGCUAAUGCAGCUGACACGCAUGCGCUGACGCUUGUACGCGAUCAGUCGCGUAAUGGCAGUGAUGGCAGUAGCUCGAAAAUGGAGCACCUCCGGGCGGAAAAUGUGCUACUGAAUGCGCGACUUGUUGAGUCGAGCAAGCUGGUCAGAAUGCUCGUGCGUGAAUACAAUAAUCAGCUGGACAAGACAUCACGCCUGGGCAAAUUAAUCCGGUCGAUCUACUCAAUCGAUGAAGAAUAG